CUGCAAGCAGAGUCUCACUGGGCACUGCUCAGCUCAUUGCUCUCUUCUUUUCCUCUGCCUUUGGCCUUUCUUCCGCUUCCUCUCGUAGCUUAACUCGUUGUCACUGUCCCCGACUCGCCCUGUGGAUUUCUUUCCAAGUCCCUCUGUGGGAAAGAUUCACAGAGCAGCGCCGUCGUGACUUGCCGCCCAGCUCUGCAGGGAAAGACGCUGAGACAGACCAAUCGAUUACAGUAAUACAGAAGAAAGACGCAUUGAAAAAGGAGAGGCAGCCCUCCUCCCUUUUCAGUUCGGGAGGACACUACCUUGGCUGGCUUUGGACCUCUUAUCAAGCAUUUGACUCACGUUCUCUCUCAGGAAAACGACAACUCAUUACAGGACAACUGGGACGGUUUUGUCGCAUCAAGGACGAGGAGGAGAGUGGCUUUUAAAUUAGUUCAAUGUUUACUACAAAGUAACUAGUUCAAAUUCAAUGAUUAUGCUGGACAGCAACCAUUGCCUGUCCUUUGAACAUUCCUCAUUGGGCUCUCCUCCAAUGGGGGAUGACAUGGAAAAGGCAGGAGUAAGGAUGGACCAUGACAGACAUGUCUAUCACAGCUUGAAAGAAGUCCUUCAGCUCAAACUCCAACAGAGGCGAACGCGAGAGGAACUGGUCAGCCAAGGGAUCAUGCCACCACUGAAGAGCCCGGCAGCCUUUCAUGAACAGCGGCGGAGUUUGGAGCGAGCCAGAACUGAAGAUUAUCUUAAGAGGAAGAUCCGAAGUCGCCCAGAGCGCUCUGAGCUGGUCAGGAUGCACAUUCUAGAAGAGACAUCGGCGGAGCCCUCCUUGCAGGCCAAGCAGAUGCAGCUAAAGCGAGCUCGCCUGGCUGACGACCUCAACGACAAGAUCUCGCACAGGCCAGGUCCCAUCGAACUGGUGCACAAAAAUAUCCUGUCCGUCAACUGCACGGAGGACCACACGCCACCGGAUUCUCCUAAGGGAGCUGGAGGAGAAAGCUCUUCUUUGGAUGAAGACAGCAGUGAUGCACUGUCACCUGACCAGCUAACAAAUCACGACUCUCCUCUAAUCACUGUCCCGCAGCCGUCCCCCUUUGACGUACUGACGCAGAAUGGAGACGUGUCUCCCAAGCAGUUUAUUCCACAGCCCACUCCACAGUCUUUUUCCCCUCCCAAGGUGAAUGGUUCGGACUCACCUUUACUUCUAAAAAUGACAACAGGGACCACAGUAACCCAUCGUACAUCCAUUGGCCAGUUCAAGUCUCACUCCAAGACAAAUUCAGACCGUCCUGCGCUUAGAUCGAAGAAACCGAAGGACAACAAACCCAAGGUGAAGAAGCUGAAGUACCACCAGUACAUCCCUCCGGACCAGAAGGCAGACAAGGAGCGUCCGCCUCAGAUGGACUCGUCUUACGCCAAGCUCCUCAAGCAGCAGCAACUCUUCUUGCAGCUGCAGAUUCUCAACCAGCAACAACAGCACUACAACUACCACACCAUCCUGCCAGCCCCACCAAAGCCAGCAGCAGAGCAGACCCUCACAACAAACCCUGGUCCUUCCCCCUCUCGCAGUGUUCCCACGACUACCAACAACAAUGCAACUCCACGUCAGGGCCAAGGGUCAGUGGGGGGAGCCAAACCUGCCACUUUGCCUGCCAACCUGGAUGAGUUAAAAGUGGCUGAAUUGAAGCAGGAGCUGAAGUUGCGAUGUUUGACCGUUUCCGGCACCAAAAACGAUCUAAUUGAGAGGCUUCGCAACUACCAAGAACAAAACGGCACCUCUGCAGCAGUUACUAAAAAUGGCAUAUUGCAUCCCGUCCAUCAGGGCGCUGCCUCUGCUGCUAACGCGGCGGCGUCAGCGCCAAAUAUCAGCGCCGACCACCAGCCGGCUGAAGGAGGGUUUAAAGUUGCUCUUUCGCCACUGGCUCAGGCUUUUCAGGGUCGGGUUAUGCGUUUUGGUAGCACCAGCUCCAGUCCCCCUGUGUCUCCUACGCCAUCGGAGCGGUCGUUAGCGGGUUUGAGUCCGGAUGAAACCAGCUGUAAUGGAGACAUGUUUGGAGAGAUGGUGAGCUCUCCCCUGACUCAACUCACCCUCCAUCCCUCUCCUCAACACCCAUCCAACAGCUCUCCUCUGUCGCAACCGGUCAUCCCGCUCAAAGAGGAAAACCAGAGUUCAAGCAGCUUUCACAGGCCUUUUGAGGCUCAACAAGGGGUCACCAUGGACACUUCUUCCUUGGACAAAGACCAGAUGCUCCAUGAGAAGGACAAACAGAUCGAAGAGUUGACCCGGAUGCUGAGACAGAAGCAGAGGCUGGUGGAGACCCUCAGGUCCCAGCUAGAGCAGGGGAAGACGGUGGGGGGGCCCGUAUCAGAGCAUGGGGAAAGGGUAGAUGUUAAACCCCCAACACUCAUUAAAGCCUCAGCCAUCCAACCCCCAGAGCUCCCCAAUGGCCUCCUGGUGAAAGUGAAACAGGAGGAUGAGACUGAGGAAGGCAUGACGGGAAUAAAGGAGGAGGCCCAAACUAAAAAAGUGGGCCAGCCGAUGCAAUGCUCGCAGGAGACUCUGCUCAGAUUGCAGCAGAUUAAUCGACUGCAAGUCCAACAAGCCGAACAACAAACGCACAAAAUGUUCGAGCCCAAACCGAACGCUCAGAAACAGCUAGAGCAGAAAAAGGUAUCUCAAAUCCUUCUCCAGCAGCAGCAGCAACUGCAGCAGCUCAUCAUCCAACAAACCAAGCAGAAGAAUCUGCAGGCCCAGCAAAGGUUAGCGCAGCAGAAACUGGCCCAGCAAAGGUUAGCGCAGCAGAAACUGGCCCAGCAAAGGCAGCAGCUGUUGCAACAAGCUCAAGGGAAGAAAAACCAAACCCAUCAGAAGAGUCCAGUUCAGCUGAAGCAGGUUCAGGUGCAGAUCCACAACGAGACGGUGGCCAGCCUGAAGACUGGAGCUAACCAAGUCCAACAGAGGAAACAGCUGAAGGCUCAACAAAGGCAGCACCAGAAACCGCACACGACAACUGUGGGCACACAGCAGGUGGCGCCUGUCUUCAUCAACCAACAGAAUGGUACUCAGAUUCACACUCAGGCUAUUUCACUAGACCUCCUUAAGGCCAGCGGCACGCCAACGCUGGUGACUGACACCAACGGCAACCACUACUUGAUCGCUCUCUCCGGCCACACCACAGAUGACCAACACCAAAAGCCUUUGCUGGCCAAAGCCAGCGGUCGCAUCACGCUGCAGAGGUUGCAGUCAACUCCAAGCAAGCUCCCCAGUGUUGAGAGCCAAUCACAAGAGCAGAAAGACAGCCAGCAAACCAAAAAGGAAGCGAACCUCCACGUUGACACCAAAGACAUCCCAACAGCAGGCUUGCCCGUCACAGCCCCACCCAAUCUGCAGCCUUUCUUCGAUGACAUGUCGGAGAGCAAAAGCCAAAGCAGCCUGCUCUCCUCCUUCAAGAGAGAGCGAGUGUGUCCGUCUUAUGACCGACACACUCUGUUUACUCCUCCCUCUCCCAAACCCAACACUUCUCUUCCCACCAAGCGCUCCAAAGGGAAUGGUGUCAAUAGUCAGCAGAUGGACGACCUCUUUGACAUCCUGCUCAAGAGUGGAGAAAUCACAGGUUUUAAGGCCAACCCGGACCCGUCCCUUGCCCCUUUGCAUUCAGACCCGCCCUCCCCUUCGUCCCCUCUCCGCCUUUCCCCUCAACGCCCCCUGGUGGAGUCCUGCACAGACGGUGGCGGGCGCCUGGAGGACUUCCUGGAGAGCACCACGGGGGCCCCGUUGCUGGGCGUGGGGCUGGGCGGCGGCCUGACGCUCAUCGACGACCUCCACAGCCAAAUGCUGAGCAGCACCAGCAUCCUGGACCACACUCCAUCCCCCAUGGACACGUCCGACAUGGGCUUCUCCCCGCACUCCACGGGGCUGGACUUCGGGGACCCCACUCUUGAAUGCAUGGACUGGCUGGACAUCUCCAUGGUGGGCAGCGCCGACGGCGGGAGUGGCAGCGGCUGUGAAGGGGAAGCCAAGGAGGGAGACGGAGGGACAAGCUUAACCCCGCUGGCGCCGCACACGCCGCCCAGCGUCUUCUCUGCAGACUUCCUGGACAGCGCAGACCUGCAGCUGCAUUGGGAGUCCUGUCUGUAGUACAGAGCCCUGACUUGAUCUCCAUGCUGUCUAUCACUGUCGGGCUCUCUGGCGCACGCACACACGGCUCUUCUGUUACUAGCGCUUUAUGCACUGGAAGGUGGAAUAACGGCAGAUUGUACUUGACCUGCGCACACACCUCGUUACACAUCACAGACUCUGUAUGUUUGUGGCAGUGCCUCCUAAACUUUGCACUUAUGUUGCAUCUGAUUGGUUUAAAAGGGGGCUUUCAGGUCAGCAGCCCCGAUUUGCCAUCUUUGUGUUGUUUCACUGAUCAGCCAAGGUGUGGGGGAAAGAAGGCAGCUGCCAGUGGCCUCCUUUCACUGUGGCAACACUAGUCAAAAAACUCAUUGGCUGGCAGUUGCUGUUGAAAAGAAUCAGUGGCAACAGUUUUAAUUGAAGCCUCGUUAGAGGUUGUGUAUUAUUGGUAACAUUAUGGUAGACCACUAUGUUCUGUGCAUACAGAAAAUAUUCACUUUGCUUCAAAUCUUCCACAUUUUGUUCCCAUCCAACCUGAUGGAGCUUGAGAGGUGCUGUAAAGAGAAAUGGGCAAAACUGCCCAAAGAUAGGUGUGCCAAGCUUGUGGCAUCGUAUUCAAAAGACUUGAGGCAGUAAUUGCUGCCAAAGGUGCAUCAACAAAAUAUUGAGCAAAGGCUCUCAAUACUCAUGUACAUAUGAAUUUUUUGUUUAGUUUUUUUUUUUUUUCAAGAAAUUGAUCAAACUUAACAUUGUCAUUGUGGGGUUUUGUUGUCUAGAAUUUUGAGGACAAAAAUGAAUUCAUUCCAUUUUGGAAUAAGGCUGUAACAUAACUAAAUGUGGAAAAAGUGAAGCGCUGUGAAUACUUUCCGGUUGCACUGUAUUGCUGUAUAUGGGGUGUAUAUUAUCAACUGUUCAUAUGACAUAUUUUUCUUUGCUGGUUGUUUAGUUAAGCAAGCCAGCUGGAGAAAAUAGGGUGACUACAGGGCCUCUGAAAACUUGGACCUUCUUUCUUUUUAAAUAAAAAAACAAAAAACACUGAAUAAACAUGCUAUGAUCAAAUCA